AUGACUCCUGCUUCCAAGUACCAAUUGGCUUCAAUAUUUAUUGGUGCAAAUGUGGUAGCUUUGGGGUCUGGUACACCGUAUAUGUACAGUUUCUAUGCACCACAGUUGCUCAAAAAAUGCCAUCUUGACAUUGAAAGAUCUAGUGAUUUCUCCUUUGCCAUGUCUUUAGGGAUGAGUGCGAUGGGUGUUUUCGCAGGAAUGAUAAUAGACCAUUCGCCCAGUUUGGCCACCGGAAUUGGGGCCUUUCUUACAUUUUUUGCAUAUUCUACUCUUUACUUUUGUUACACUUAUGAAUAUAGCAGCGUUUUUUUGAUCUUCGUAGCUUUGGUGAUGAUUGGGUUUGGUUCCAUUUGCUCUUUUUAUGCAGCUAUGAAAUGUUGUACUGCAAAUUUUCCUAACCAUAGAGGUGCUGCAGGAGCGUUCCCCAUAUCUCAGUAUGCACUGUCAGGAUUAGUCUUUUCGCUUCUGUGUUCGAGUUUGUUUAAAGACGAUAUACAAUCCGUGUUUUUGUUCUUGAUUAUUGUUUGUACUUCUACUGCACUUAUUGGUUGUAUGACCUUCAGAAUCAUCGAGGAAGACCAUGUCCAUAAAGUUGAAUCUUCUGAGGACGCAUUACUGGCACUAGAUGAUUCUGGAGCAGAAAACGAGUCGCCUUCACUUUUGGACGAAACUUAUCAUUCAAAACCAAUUAAUGUUAUCAAUGCAAAACGUGGUUCUAUGUCUUCAGUGACUUACAAUGCCUUUGCAACAGGAUCUGCUGAUUCUUCAUCACCAACUGCUGCUGCUAUGAAACAGUCUUCAUCCACUACAUUAUUUUCCCUAAGGAGAAGCGAUUCUGUCUCUUCCUGGACAAAAGAUUUGGUUGGAUCUUUACAAUUUUGGGGUAUAGGUAGAGCAAGACCGAGUGAUAGUGCACUAUUUCCUUAUCACCCUAAAAGAAAUGCAAGGACAAGUUUCACAAUUGAUGUAAACCCAACUCAAAGGAGACAAUCUUUGUCUCAAGACCAGUCCCAGAAUUCAACCGUAUUGGCAUCCAAUAACUUUCCAGAACCCAAUAUCGAUAAUGUUUCCCAUGAAAUAAAUAUACAAACUUCAAAGAUUGAAACUAUUUCUACAGAGAAUAAACAAAGCUGGUGGAAUGAACAUCCUGUAUUGAAAAAUUUAUCAAAACCACGGUUUUUUGCCUAUUUAUUCACUUUGGCAACGUUGCAGGGUAUUGGUCAGAUGUACAUUUUUGCAGUUGGAUUUGUGGUGACUACUCAAAUCCAAUCGAGUGAUGAUCCUUCGAGCUGGAACCAAGAAGAAUAUCUGUCACUACAAGUAUCAUUAAUUUCGGUAAUGUCUUUUGGUGCCAGAUUUUUAUCAGGGAUUGUUUCAGAUCUCCUUGUUAAGAAGUUCCAUUCUCAGCGUCUAUGGAUAAUCACUUUUUCUGCUGUUCUGAGUAUCAUCGCGUCUAGAAAAUUGAUUUCUCUUGAUCCUGAUACUUCCACAACAUCGAGCAAUUUGCACAAUAUCUCCUUAUCUUCGGUAUUAUUUGGAUUUGCAUUUGGUAUGGCUUUCGGAACUUUCCCUGCUAUCAUUGCCGAUUCUUUUGGUACUAAAGGCUUUAGUACACUAUGGGGAUUAAGUACCGCUGGCGGUAUCUUCACUGUUAAGAUUUUGAGUGGGAUAUUGGCAAAUGAUUUGUCUGUCCAUAUGGCUCCAAAUGAAACCACAUGCACAAAAGGCAUAAAAUGUUAUUCUCACACUUUCCAUAUAACACAGUACUGGGGACUUUUUGCUGUCUUCUUAUCACUACUGACAAUAUUCAUUAGUUAUAGACAAAAAAUUGAAAGACACCGUGCGAUUUUCACUUUGGAUGCAUGA